GAACUGCAAAGUGCGAAUUUCUUUUCUUUGAAUGCGAAAAUUUUCAAAACAUUUAUGUAAAGUGCAUAGUGCAAAACUAUUUCAUGAUCAAAGAAGAUAUUUACUUGAAGAUUCGUGAUUCGACCAUUAUUCGGAAUUCGCAUAUUCUUGUAGGAUUUGGAUAUAUCUACUUGUAUGUAGUGACUAGUGUUUCAUGUUUGGUACCUACCCACUUCGCUGUGUACAUAAUAAAUUUGUAAUAAUUGUCAAUUUCUUAAAUCUGAUUGUCCGUAAUCACUAUUAUGCUAUAUAUUUGUCGUCGAAAAUAUUUUGAUUUAAUCCUAAAGAUCAUAGUCACGGCUUAACUCGAUCGAAAUAUCGGCUAGAAUUAUUGUAGUAUAAAAUUUCAUGGUUGGAGUUGAGAUAAUUUGAGAAUAAUUUAUUUAAUUUCGACUUCGAAUCCAUCUAAUUUGAAGUAAACAUCCGCCUUGUGUUAUUCCAAAUUUUCUUUCAUGGAGUCUAAAAAUCAAAAUACUACACUGUAUUCAACAGAUGGUCAAAGCAUAGAAGUUGAAGAUGAUGAUCCCAAUCUUUUAAAUACAAGCCUUUCAGAUUACCAUGAUUAUGAACCUAGAUUAGAAUUUGAUGAUUCAGAGUUGAUAGCAUCUACUACAUUGGAUUCAAUUCCACCGGAAUUGCUUGAUAUGUCUGAUGACUUUAGCCGACUAUCAGCCAUUGGUUCGAUCGAGGAAAAUUUUGAAAAAGAACUCGCAGUGGAUGCCUUAUCUGAGUUAGAUUCUUCGUCGCACGCCUUCGAAACAUCGGGACUUAACAGAAGCGGGGCGAUUGAAGUUGUUGGUGAUGAUGUGAUAGGCCGUCGGAUUAUCGUAAUAUCAGCGUGUCAACUGCCGCCAAAUAAUAAUGUUAAUCCUGAUGAGUUUCUAAGGUAUCUUAUGUACACAUUAGACAAGUAUGUAGAACAGGAUUAUAGUGUUGUUUAUUUUCAUUACGGACUUCCGGAAAAUAGAAAUCCGCCUUUGUCGUGGAUGUGGAAAGCAUACAGAACACUCGAUAGAAAAUACAAGAAGAACCUUAAAGCAUUGUAUCUAGUCCACCCAACAAAUCUUAUUCGCAUCGUAUGGCAGGUGCUGAGGCCAGCAAUUAGUGUGAAGUUUGGGAGGAAAAUGAUGUAUGUGAAUUAUUUACAUGAGCUACGUGAACAUUUAGAUUUGGACAAGAUUUGCAUCCCUGAGGAAGUGUUAAAGCAUGAUAAGUUUAUUUUGAGCAAAAACCCGAAAGCCGCACGAAUCGCAAGCCUGAUGUUGCAGAAAUCGGUCGACUCGGUGGAGCAAGGCGAAGCCAGCGCUUCAAUGCCGCCCACACAACAAUUUGGAGUGUCAUUACAGUUUAUCAAAAAGAAUAAUACGGAUAUGCAAGAUAACAUACCACCUAUAGUUCGCCAGUGCAUCGAAUUUUUGUCUCAACCAGAUGCUUUGGAAACCGAGGGAAUAUUUCGAAGAUCCGCUAACGUGGCAGUGGUAAAAGAGUUGCAAAGGUCUUGCAAUAGAGGUGAACGUAUAUCGUUCAGAAACGAUCCACAUAUUGCCGCUGUUUUGUUGAAGAUGUUUCUCCGGGAGAUGAAAGAGCCCUUGAUGACAUUCGAACACUACGAGGAAAUCACAAAAUUUCAACAGUGGCCCAAGGCGGACAAACUCAGAAAUGUGAAAGUAAUGGUGUUUGAAAAUUUACCGAUUGAAAAUUAUGAGCUGUUAAAGUACCUUAUGAAGUUCUUAUGGAAGGUACAAGACAGGAGCUGUUUAAAUAAAAUGACAACCAGUAAUUUAGCUGUGGUCUUUGGGCCAAAUUUGUGUCGCCCAGCAACUGGUCACAUUUCCUUACAAGCCAUUGCACCUAUAAAUGCUUUUGUUGAUUUUUUGCUUGAACACCAGGAGUCUAUAUUUUUUUUCUAAAUAUUUAAUGUAAAAACUAGAUAUUAUUGAUGGAAAGAUUCACAAGUAUCACAAGAUUUAAACUAAUAUAAUAUGUAAUAACUAAUAACUAAUGUUUCUUUAAUGUCGUAAUUCAUUAAAUUAUCUAUAUUGGACCAUUAUUAUUUACUUAUUACUAUUGAAAAUAUUUAUUUCACAAAACCUAUCUCUCUUAAGUUUUGAAUAAGAUUCAAAAGAACAAACAUUCUGAAUUAAUUAUCCAUUCCAACAAAGUUGAACUGUGAGACAUUCAUGUGACAACCAGAUCCUUAGUUUUAUUGCAGUAGUACCUACCUAUUUUUAUUUAAAUUUACUUAUCUAUUCUUACAUCUUACUAUAUUAUUAUUUUAGCUUAACUCUGCUACACACAUUAAAAUUAAUUAAUUUAUACAUACAUACAUAAAAUCACACCUCUUUCCCGUAGAGGUAGGCAGAGACCACUUCUUUCCACUUGCUACGAUCCUUACAUACUUGUUUCGCUUGGUCCACUUUCAUUAUUCCUUUCAUACAUGCUCUCCGGUUUAGGGUACUCUUGACCUGUCCUUUUUUCAAGACGUCCCUGAUUUGACCUUGAAACGUCCGCCUAGGUCUACCCCUUCCAACACUUUGAUUCACACAGGCCUUAUACACUUUCUUCAUCAAUCGUUCUUCAUUCAUUCUCUCGACAUGUCCAAACCAUGCAUAAUAUAUGUAUUAUAUGCAAACCUGUACGUAAUAUAUGAUAGUUGUAUGUAUACAUUU